CACGGUGGUUUCGAGGAGAAGCGCGGGAGCCGUGCGCGCGCCGACGGCCACGAGAGGGAAGCGCGCGCGAGUCUGCGCGCCGGCACUUUCUCCCGAUCGAGGGGAAGUCCGGGGUCGGAGGGGCCCGGAGCGUCGACGAGGACUGAUAAGGACGUCGAGCCAGUGCAUGACCGAGCGCACGGCGAUCCGGUCCGCCAGUGGCAAACAUGGCGACAUACUCGAUGCAACGGCUCGAUGCCGUCCUCCUCUGGCUCUGCCUCCAGGGCGUCGCGAUCUGCUAUUACGCCUACGUCGUCGAGACCAAUAAGGUUAAGGACAAGGAGUACCAGCCCCUCUGUGACGUCAACGAGUACGUCAGCUGCAGCAAGGCCUUCAUGUCCGAAUACGGCAAGGGGUUUGGCCUAAUUCCUAAGGAUUCGCCUUUUCAUUUGCCAAACAGUAUAUUUGGCAUAAUUUACUACACUUUAGUGGCCUCACUAAGUCUCUUUAAUAAUUAUUGGAACACCGCUUUAAUGCUCAUCAUGUCAGUUAUCUGGGCUUUGUUUUCUAUCUAUCUAGCGCGUAUUCUCUACCUAUUGCAAAGCAUCUGUCUCGUAUGCAUAAGUACGUACAUCCUCAAUGCCCUGAUUAUGAUAUUGUCGAUAAAGAAAAUUCGAGAGAUUAAUCAAGUGUCCUCGAAGAAGAGGAAGACUAACUGAAGAGCUGCGAGCAACGAUUUCAACUAUCGAGCCAAACGACACAGCUAUAUACAACAAAUACUCUUUAAAUUAAAGCUAAAAGACAAAAAAAAAA